UAAGACUUCUUUCGAAAGAAAUUGAUAUAAUUUCUGAUGCAAGAGAUUGCAGGAAAAGUGUGAAAGAUCGAAAAAAGUAAAAACGCGUUUUUAUUUUUCUCAUUAUUUAACAAUGCAUUAUUCUUUUUAUAAUUCCUUUGAGAUGAAAAAUUAUUUAAACAAUUAUCAAUAUUCUAAAGCUCUUUUGUUUUUCGAAUCAUAUCGUGCGCAAAUCUAAACUUCCGUCGCGCGGAAUAUUUGAAUCGAUUGAUCGCAUCUCGAUGUCGCACGAUCGUCUUUCAUCUUUUUGACCUUUGAAUGGCGCGCAGCAUGGCACCGCUUUACAAUGAUCAUGAUUAUUACAAGAAGAUGUUCGAGCUUCAGGAGAAACUGCGGAAGAGGCAAGUACACCACUCCUCCCGGGAGCGAGGAGGAGAGAAUACGACUCGAGGAGCGAUUCAAUAUGCUUAUGCGGGAAUCUCGUAACAGACACGAUGCCUGUAUAAGUCGAUUGCGUAUGAGGUAUAUACAAUAUUUGGAAGAGCAACGUACAAGAGAUGAGAGGAAUCACAAACUUCUCGCAGCAUUGGACAAAGUUAUGAACAAGCUCGCGUUGAUGAGCGCGAAAAAAGAUCGACUGAAUGUUCUCAGAAAACAAUAUGAAGCUUAUCUACUUCGCGUAUACUCCAAUCAUCGACCACCCGGUAGUGUUACCGGGGACAGUGGCAUCGCCAGUCAGAAUGAAGAUAAAUAUACGAAGAAAACCGUGGGGGUGGCAUAUCCUGAUUUAGCGUUCGCAGAAACAAGAGGCGUCCCAUCACCGCGAGUGCCCGAUCCUCAACUAAAUCAGCCAAAGUUUCACGUAAACAGCGUCCCAUUAAAUAAUUCUUCAAUUUUAACUACUACGUCAGCAAAUGUACCUCUCGGCGUUGAUCAUCGUCAGAUGAAUGCUUUGCAUAGAUCUCACGUUUACAUUCCUCCGAUCGGUCAAACGGGCGAUCAGCUCGCCCAAAUGUCGACGAUUUCUUCGCCAAGUGCCCAGUAUCCGCGGGUGAUACCCUCCAGGUAUGACGAAAGCAAUCUCCAACGUGUCCCAGACUUACGCGUUUCUUACGCGGAAGCACCGGUUUUGUCAAUGCCUCGCUCGGAUAAUACACAGUCCAAUGUUAUUCCCGUCAGCCGAUUCUUCAGGAAGCAUGUGGAAUCGGAACAAGCAGCAUCCGGCCUCUCGUCGACCGCGCGAUACGGAGAGAUACCACGAAAUAUCCCUGUUGCACAACCAAUCGAUCCUUUACUUCGCUAUCACGAUGCCAAUAUAUUGCCGUCGCAAUUGCGGAUGAGAGAAUACGAUCCGUCCGAGAUUGCGGCCGCAGGACCGACCUCAGUGACCGGAAAAUCGAGUGUAUACCGUGCGGGAUCAGAUGUUAAUCAGAUCGGUCCGUUGCCGGGAUACAUGGACUAUAUCCUGGCGAGUCCACAAAAGUCUGAUGACGAAGGAUCCAUUCGUUCCAUCACUAGCGACGAUUUGGACGAUCUGAGGCUCAACGAGCGUUUGCUAUGGGGAAACGCGGAUGUCGGCAAGACCUCAAGUCGAUCGUCGAACGCUUUGGGAAUGAACAACGUCAAUUUGGACGAGAAUGGCAAGACGGCGAUCCUGGAGAACGAACUGGAUCGAUACAUCAACAAUAUUCGCAAGCUCCAUCGGGAACAUGGCAGCUUGGACGAGCUGGACCAUGAGCAAAACACUAGCGGCGAUCUGUUGAAUGUUUCUCUGUCGGAGGACGCUUUGGAACUUCCGGCUGAAGAUCGGGCGAAGAAGGAGCGGAUGCCCGAGGAAAUGGGGAGGAUCCUAGCAUUGGCUAGUGAUCUUGCGUCGAGGACGGCGAAUCUAAAGGAGGUCACGAGAAAUCCGGCUGAGCAAAAUGACGGCAGCUCACCCACGGAAGUCGGGAACGAAAUUAGACAUCGCGAAGUAACGAAAACUGACGCAUCGGAAUUGAAAGGAAAAUGCGAAGCUGAAGGACGCGCGAUUCUGGCAGGGAACGAAAUUAGAGAAGACAUUGCGACACACUCAGCGAAAUUAGAACAGCCGCACGGAAAUACGGAGAUUGCAAAACAGACCUGGAAUAACGCGGGCGAUUCAGCUGAUUCACAAGAUCGCAAUCGGGAAAUAUCCAUUACGAAGAAAGAUAAUGUAAACAUGAAAAUAACGACAAGUGACGAAUCACAGAUCAACGAUUUGGAAAAAGCAUUGAAGGAGAAGCAACAUGAUCUGGUAACCGGUGAGGAAUCGAAUAUUGAAGAUCUGUUUGACGUCGUCGAGGAAUUGGCACCAUGGGAUCUCUCGAGUAUGCAGAGAAAAGUUCACGAAUUACAUUUGGAUGAUCCUGACAGAAAUCAAGUAGCGGGAAAAGAUACUGAACAGAUCGUGGACAAGAUCAGAGAGGAAAUCGGAAACGAAUCGCGGGAGUCGCCACAAUUCACCGAGCAAAUCGAUACGAAAAAUGAAGUGGAGAACGCGCAUCUUCCGCAGAAUACUCUUCCUUGCUCGGAAUUAGAAACGAAAAGACUGGAUACGAAUGAAGUGAAUGAGCUCGAUGGGCGAAACGAAAACGAAUUGCGUGAGCUUCCUGAGAAUACCGAAAAUGUGUCUCCUAAACUUCCAAGUCAAUAUACAGUUGAUGAGCCUAAAAUCGCAUCUCAGGCGGAUGAGGAACUUGGCAAGUUAGAUGAAAGUGACAGGGAGAAACAAGCUGACAACGAGACGGCGGAGCUGCGAACCGACGAUAAAUUUGAAAAUGUGAUAAAAGAUAACGAAUAUAAUGUCGAGCAAGGAUACGUCGAGGAUUCGAACCAAGCGCAGCAAUAUGAACAAGAUCCAAACCAGCAAUAUUAUGAUCCAAAUAUAUCGUACGAGGCAGCUGGUAACGAAGAAUAUGAAAGAUAUGGCGAGCAAGGAUACGCUCAAGAAGGUCAAGAAUACGUUGAGUACGUAGAGGGCCAGUACGAACAAUAUCCCGAAGGUCCCAGUAAUCAAGAGUACCAACACUAUCCUGAUGCACAAUAUGAGCAGGAUCCGAAUCGAGCGUACGAUUAUAACUACGACCCUAAUCAAGGAUAUGGGGAUCCCAAUCAACAAUAUGACCCCAAUCAAGGAUACGAGAACAAUCCUGAUAAUCAGACGUAUGAUUACACCGAAGAAGUUCCCUAUGAUCCUAAUCAGACGUACGAUAAUGCGUAUGAACAAGACUAUAAAGAAGGACAGGCCAAUCCCGAUGCCGAGGAACAGGAAGAAAAACCGGAAACAGAGGAGACCUUCCAGAAACCGGCAGAUCCGGAAUCGGAACACAAAUCCGACAGAGAUGAGGAUAAAUCACAACAGGCAGCUGCUGUUGACGGGACGAGUCAAUCGAAAAAGAAGAAGGAUGUGAUCAAGUCCCUGUUGGAUUCUGACACGGACACGACGAUCGAGAGAAAUGUUUCAAAUACGGAGAGUGAUUUCGAUUUCAAUUGAAGUAUGUGAUAUAUGUCGGGAAGAUUGAAUUUGUGAUAUGAAGGAAGAUCGCAAUAACAAGAUCCUGUUAAUAAGAUAAAUGGACUGAAGAAGAAUGAUUGAAUCUUCAAAUCUCGAAACGGAUUUUCGAUGAUCAAGAGAGAUAGAUACAAACAAUAUGAUUUUAAUUAAAAUAUAUAAAGUAUCAGCAUUAAAAGGAAAGAACAGAUAAUCAGUUAGUCUGAUACAAAUGAAGAUAAACUAUAAUAAGAAUAAAUGUGAUUCGGAGAAUACGAGUGGAUCUUCUUGGACUCAAAGAUGGACGCGUUAAGUUUAUUCGCAAGAAAUGCCAGGAAUAUGAAUACAGUGAAUAUAAUUCUAAUUACAGUGUUAAUUAGAGUCCACGAGUUGUAGUAAACGAUGAGAGUAAUUAAGUUUUGGAUUUUCGCUUGGCAUUGCUAUCGUAAAUAUCAUAUUUACAUAUGAUGUAAAUAUGUAAGCAAUAGAAUAAAAUGGUGAAACAAGGUGCAAGUGAAAA